GGUGUGCGCGUGCGCGGUGUCGCGGGGCGGGGCGCGCGUGCCGGGCGCUGCGCGGUGCCAAGAUGCAGGACCCCGACGCGGACACGGAGUGGAACGACAUCCUGCGCAGGAAGGGCAUCCUGCCCCCCAGGGACGGCCCAGGGCGGCCCGAGGACGAGCACGAGGACGAGCAGCAGCAGCCGGCCCGGCAGCCGGUCGUAAAAACAUACGAAGAUAUGACUUUGGAAGAACUCGAAGACAAUGAAGAUGAAUUUAAUGAGGAGGAUGAACGUGCUAUUGAAAUGUAUAGGCAACAAAGACUGGCUGAGUGGAAAGCCACUAAACUAAAGAAUAAAUUUGGAGAAGUUCUGGAGAUCUCGGGGAAGGAUUAUGUUCAAGAAGUUACCGAAGCCGGUGAGGGCUUGUGGGUAAUCCUGCACCUUUACAAGCAAGGGAUCCCGCUCUGCGCCCUGAUCAACCAGCACCUCAGUGGACUCGCGCGCAAGUUUCCCCAUGUCAAAUUCAUCAAAGCCGUCUCCACGACCUGCAUCGCCAACUACCCGGACAGGAACCUGCCCACGGUGUUCGUCUACCUGGACGGGCACAUCAAGGCCCAGUUCAUCGGCCCGCUGGUGUUUGGUGGCAUGAGCCUGAGCAGGGACGAGCUGGAGUGGAAGUUGUCUGAGUCGGGAGCAAUCAAGACCGACCUGGAGGAGAACCCCAGGAAGCCCCUGGAGGACGCACUGCUGUCCUCUGUGCGGAGCUCGCUGCCCCAGAGGACGGGGAGCGAGUCGGAGGACGACUGAGGCUGCGGGGAGGCCGGCCGCGGGGGCACGGGUCCUGGGUUCUGUUUGCCUUUUAUAAUUAUGUUUCAGGUUCAUCACGCUCAGAAUUAAUCCCUGCAGGGAAUCCUAUUACAGUUUUUGGAACUUUUAAAAUUAUUAGCAUAUCUUAUUUAAUAAAAAGAUAAACCCCAA